GAUACGAAUCUGUUUCAUAUUAUCGUAGUCAUACGCUUGAUAUUAGAACGUUAUUUGGAAAAGAACGUAGACAAAAUUUUAAAGUGGUGAAUAUUUUGAAAUUUAUGCGAAUGUGACGAAAGCUCAGCGAUUGAAACAUCUUCUGGUUGUAACUUUGAGGUAAAAAGAUAAAUUAACGUUAUAGUGGUGACAUCUCUCGUUAAUUAGGCGCAACUGAUGGUCGUGUUGAUCGUUAUUAUCGGUAAUAAAAUAAAUAGCUCGAUUAUAAAUAAAAGAAUACGUAUUCACCGAUGAGAUACUAUUGAAGACCAUGAAUUUUUGGCAAAUUAUCAUGACUGUCAAUGGAAGCCCCCGGAGGCCUGAAAAUAAUUGAAGAAUAUCGAUAUUAUCGGCUGUAGAUGGAAAAAGAAAAGAAAAAAGGGGUAAAAUAAAUAAUAUUGCAUAGUUUUUUUUAAACUUUAAUUUUAUUUUUCUUAUUUCAUUUAUAUUAGAAAAAGAUCGUAAUUAAUUUUCUAAAACUUUCUCCUUGCCAUUGCCGCCAACCGCCGUCGCCAGAUCGUUAGAUUUUAACAUGGAGUUCUAUAUUAAUUAUUUUAUAUACCAUGAUAUGUACAUGCAUAUUAAUAUAAUUUAUUAUAUUUUAUGCACGUGUGAAUAAGAUAUGAUCCUUCAAACAUUUUUCGUAUUAUAGGCUACAUGAAAUUGUAAAUGGAAUUCUAUUCGGAAUUCUAACAUGCGUUAUAAAUUAUUUGAAAUAAGCAAAAGAAAUAUAAAAGUGUACGUUAUUUUUUAAUAUAAAUAAUGCAAGACUGAAUCGUUUCCAGAUUACUUCCAGAUUAUAUGUAUAUGUAUAUACCAAUCCAUAAAAACCGAAAGUUGCAGAGUUUCUUUUCUCGUGGACUGCUGAUACACACCUUGACACACACAUUGAUUUUAAAAAAAGUAUACUUUUCAUAUCAUACCACAAUAUUUCGCUUUAAUUGAUGUCUCAAAUGUAACGUCCAGUCUCACUGAAUAAUCAUCGUGCUUUUCGGCUAAAUAGUCUCUCACUCCCUCGGUUGUCUUCUAAUCAAGAGAUGAUUGUUGAACUGACUGCAUCUAAAUCUCCAUUCUCAAGUAACGAUUGCAAAAUCACGCACGUUAGAGUCGUAUGUACGCGAGAGAAACAUAAAUCAUUCACUGUGCGGCUGGAUGCGUUCCGACUCAUUGUCAGACCCGAGCGAGUCAAGAAUUGAAUGUACCAUCAAUUCCGUUACACUCCGUCCAAUUCGUAAAUCUCGGUUAUCAAAAUACGUGAAACGUCACACGAAGCUUUCCGAUAACCCGGGAUCUAAAGGCAGAGAUUACUCGAUUUACGGAUCUCGUUGAAAUUGAUCUCGAUUCGUUCGACGUGGUAUUUAACGUUGGUGAUCCGUCUGACUGCGACUUACGAUGGCAACGUUGAAGAAUUUGAUUAAUUCGUUGGACGAUGCCGUGUCUGAGACUCUGUCGGGAUUAUCCUACACGUAUCCGCAAUUAGAGCAUCACGUAUCGCACAGAGUGGUACUGUCACCAGACUAUAGGAAUCGUCGAGAUAAAGUGGCCUUGAUCUGCGGCGGUGGUAGUGGACACGAGCCAUUUGCUGCAGGCUUCGUUGGCAGCGGCAUGUUGACAGCUUCUAUAGCGGGAUCUAUCUUUGCGGCGCCGCCAUCUACUCAUAUCACGUAUGCUCUUCGAUGCGUCGCGGAGAACAAUAAAGUUGGUAUUGUGGUCGUGGUGCCUAAUUACACGGGGGAUUGCCUGAAUUUUGGUAUAGCGAUCGAGAAGGCUCGACGAGCGGGCGUCAUGGUGGAGGAAAUAAUCGUCGACGACGACUGCAGCAUUCCCGAAAACGAACUGAGCGUCGCCGGUAAGCGCGGCCUGGUGGGCAUGCUAUUCGCUAUCAAAAUCGCGGGUGCUCUCGCCGAGAAGGGCCUUCCUCUGUGCGAGGUGGCGGAAAUUGCGCGACGCGUUUCACAGAGCACCGCGACCUACGGAGUCGGGCUGUCCGCGUGCGCAAUACCAGGUCAAGGUCUCAUGUUCGAGCUCGCGCAGGAUGAGAUAGAGUGUGGGAUGGGGAUGCACGGAGAAGCAGGAUACGAGAGAAUUAAGCUCAGGACCGCAUCCGAACUGGUGACGCUAAUGCUGAAACGCAUUUGCGAGACCUUAUCUUUGUCCACUAAUGACUCGGUCGCGGUUAUAGUCAAUAAUUUCGGUGCUCUAAGUCAAUUGGAGCAGGGAAUCGUCGUCUACGAGGUUGUAAAUCAACUUCGAAACAUGGGUAUAGAGCCUGUUCGCGUCUAUUCCGGUACUUUAAUGACAUCCUUAAACAGCGUCGGGAUACAUAUAAGUCUGCUAAAGUUGAUCGAAAGCCAUCGGGACAUAUUUGUCGAGUGUCUCGACGAAAAAACGACGGCACCUUGCUGGCCAGGCUGCGCCUAUAGCAUUCCUUCGACGUUAACGAGCACGCCGUUGAAGGAUUCGGAGAAGAAAAAAAUAGAAAAGAUAGGAAUAUCAUUAAACGCGCGCGAUCAGCGUUUGAUCGAUUCAUGCUUGAGAGACUCCUGUGCCGCUAUUAUCGAGAAAGAGGCGUAUCUCAACGGGUUGGACCGCGGUUGCGGAGACGGAGACUGCGGAUCGACAUUGAAACGAUUUGCCGAUGGUAUUUUAGGUAAUUUAGAUAAUUUAUCAUUGUCGCAUCCGGCAGCAUUAUUAUCAGAAAUAGCGGAUAUUGCGGAGGAACGUAUGGGCGGCACUUCCGGAGCUCUGUAUUGUUUAUUUUUUACGACUGGCGCGAAAACGAUGGCGUCACUCGAGCAAGAGGAGGAUAUACGGCGCGUUUGGUUUUGCGCAUUCCGCAGCGGAUUGAAUUGUUUAGAGAAAUACGGAAAAGCGAAAGUCGGUGACAGAACUAUGAUCGAUACAAUGUACGCGGCAUGUACGACAUAUGAGAAAUUGUUAAAGGAAGAGGAUCCGAGCGAUUUUUAUGAUAAGAUAGCCGCGGCGGCGUGGGAAGGAUGCUAUUCUACGAGAAAUAUGAAACCAAAAGCGGGGCGAGCCAGUUAUAUAAAACAAGCUCAGUAUUUAACGGAAGUGGACGCUGGAGCGUAUGCCGCGGCGAUAUGGACCGCAGCUAUCGUACGGACGAUUACGCAUUUCAAGGAAUAACAUAUUCGUUAUCUUUCUUUCUCCCU